ACAAAGGGUAGCCUACACCUCCAGCGCGGUUGUGGGUCUCUAUGAAGCAUAUUGCUGAAACUAUUCACGUUAAAUGACCACAGUGCCCGUUCACCAACGCUUCCUCCAGAGGAAGCACGGGACCCUGUGCGCUCCGCGGGAUUGGUCCAUCACAACAUCGGGUGUCUGCUCUCCGGCUGUCACACAGCUAGCUAGCUGUCGUGGUACAGACGCGACUUGAACCUCAGCUGAAGGAGGAGAAUACACCGAACAAAUCUGACUUGUUGCCUAAAUAACACGUUAAGGGGAAAGCAGAGGGAAAUUCACUGCGGGCGUUGCAACGCUAAAGGCUCCCAUCUGAUGGAGCAGUGGUUGUCUGUCUUUGCUAAGAAGAGGCACCAUGUUCCCUUGUCACGUGACGCCCUGGCCCACCGCUGAGCCCCCGGCCUCCUGCGGUCAUGCGCCCCAAUCACAGGCCUCAAAACCUCUGCCUGAUCUGCUGUGCAGCUGUCCCGGUCCACCUUUGAACACCCACUCCGAAACGCCCUCCCCAGACCCCAUGGAGUCCCUCAUCGUGGUCACAGAAUACGAACCCAGCAGACCGCCCGGAGAAGAGGAGGUAGAAGACAUGGACAGUUCGGAGACGCCCGAGCCUGCGUCCUCUGUGGCGGCUUCGUUCCGGGCUUCGUUCCGGACCCCGUCCUGUGACCUGCUGUCCCACACGGUGGUCCGGUCGGAGGCUCUGCUGCCCGGGAGCCAAGAGCAGAGGGGGAGGUUAAGCCUGUCGGACAGAAAGCUAUCUCUGCAGGAGCGCUCGCAUACAGCAUCGUCACCCUGCAGCUCACCGGGUCUCAACGGGCGCCAUAUUUACCCGUCUUUACCCUACUCUCCCAUCACUUCGCCUCACUCCUCUCCACGCCUGCCUCGCCGGCCCACAGUGGAGUCCCACAGCGUUUCCAUCACAGACCUCCAGGACUGCGUUCAACUCAACCAAUACAAGCUGAAAGAUGAGAUUGGAAAGGGCUCCUAUGGUGUUGUAAAGCUGGCCUACAAUGAGGAUGACAACACAUACUAUGCGAUGAAGGUGUUGUCCAAGAAGAGGCUGAUGAGGCAGGCAGGUUUCCCACGGAGACCUCCGCCUCGUGGAGCCAAAGCAGACCCUGAAGGCCCCCCUCAGCUCAAAGGACCCCUGGAGCGGGUCUAUCAAGAGAUUGCCAUCCUGAAAAAGCUAGACCAUUCCAAUGUGGUGAAGCUAGUAGAGGUUUUGGAUGACCCCAGCGAGGACCAUCUGUACAUGGUGCUUUGAGCCUGGUCAAGCAAGGG